AUGUUGGCUAUACGGACAUUAGAAAAUAUUUCUCCACAUCCAUACCUUUUCUUCAAUGCUGAUAGCCAAACAUUCACAUUUCUUGGUUUUUACAUCAACAAUUUCGGGGAUCUUGUUGAUAUUCACAGUAAUGAAGUACUUGAAAAACGUAUCAUGAGCAGAACGUUGUUCCGAGCAUUGCUCCAAAAUGGCGUCCCUAUAAAGGAAGACUUUGAUUCUUUACAAAGGAAAGACAAGAUUGAAAGAUUAUGCAGAGUAAUUGGAGUUGACAAAUAUGACCAACGGGUUUACGAUGAAACUUACGAGUUGACGACAGAUAACUGUAAGAAAAUGCUUGCAGUAUACAUGCGAUUUAGGUGUGGCAUACCAGUCAUUAUUAUGGGUGAAACUGGCUGUGGAAAAACAAGAUUAGUUACAUUUUUGUGUGAGAUUAUGGUUCCAAGGGACAAGGAUACACAAGAACCAUUGACAACCAAUAUGAUAAUUAUGAAGGUUCACGGAGGUGUUACAAACGAGGAUAUCAAGUCAAAAGUUUGGAAUGCUGAAAGAAUAGCUGUUGAAAAUAUUGAAAAAUACGGAGAAAAUGUAUAUACAGUAUUGUUUUUUGAUGAGGCCAACACGACUGAAUCAAUCGGGCUGAUCAAGGAAAUUAUGUGUGAUAAAACAAUGGAAGGGAAGCCUCUCAACUGUAAAAACCUGAAAUUUGUUGCAGCGUGCAAUCCUUACCGAAAGUACCCAAAAGAAGUGAUCACAAAGCUUGAAAAAGCAGGUCUGGGCUACCAUGUAAAGGCGAUCCAAACAAAAGACAGGUUUGGCCGGAUACCAAUGAGACGUCUUGUUUAUCGUGUUCAACCAUUGCCUCAGAGUCUACUUCCGUUUGUUUGGGAUUUUGGUCAACUAUCAACAGCUGUUGAAAACUUGUACAUCCGACACAUGGUCCGGAGAUAUAUGGUCCAAAACGGUACAGAAAGCAUCAGAGUACAACUACCAAAUGAUGAACAAUUGCUUGAAGUUAUUAGUUCAAUUUUGACUCAGUCACAAGAAUACAUGCGCAGUUUAAAGGACGAGUGUAGUUUCGUGUCACUUAGAGAUGUCGAUAGAGUUUUACAAGUUAUGUGUUGGUUCUACAGUAUGAGCAAGGAUCGCAGAACAUUAUUUCAGCUUGCUGAUGAGAAGUUGAGGGAAAGGAAUCAAGAUCAGAAAUUGACUGACAUAACGAGGUCGCUGUUGCUUGCACUUGCUGUUUGUUACCAUUCCUCACUUAGCCAAAGGACCAAUUAUUGGAAAUAUAUAUCACAGUUUUUCCGUAUGCCAUGUGAGAUUUACGGUGGAUAUAUAAAUAUACUUGACGAAAUUGAUCGUGUACAAGAAGUUUUUCUGGACUCUGUCAACCUGGAGGAUAACAGUAACAUUGCACGAAAUCAUGCUUUAAAAGAAAACGUUUUCAUGAUGGUUGUCUGUAUUGAACUCCGAAUACCACUGUUUCUUGUCGGAAAACCAGGAAGUUCAAAAUCUCUCGCAAAAGUGAUCGUAACGGAUGCAAUGCAAGGGCAAGCAGCUAAAAAGGCUUUGUUCAAAGAGAUGAAACAAGUCCAAAUGGUUUCAUUCCAAUGUAGUCCUUUGACGUCGCCUGAAGCCAUUAUAUCUACAUUUCACCAAUGUGCAAGUUUUCAACAGAACUACAAAGACAAUUUAGAUAAAUUUGUAUCAGUUGUCGUUCUGGAUGAAAUUGGUUUGGCAGAAGACAGCGAAAGGAUGCCUUUGAAGACGCUACAUCCACUUUUAGAGGAUGGUUGCCAGGGAGACGAAAUCGCUGAACAGUACAAUAAGGUGGCCUUUAUAGGUAUAUCAAACUGGAGUCUUGAUCCAGCAAAAAUGAAUCGUGGAGUUUUUGUGCAAGGACAAGUUCCUGAUUUAUUAGAACUUGAAAAAACAGCAAGGGGAAUUUGUGCAUCUACACAACAUGUGAAUAAUUUGCUUAUCAAACCACUUUCAUUUGGAUAUUUGGAAGUCUUUAAAAAAGCAUCCGAAGAAAAAAGGGAAUUUUUUGGCCUCAGAGACUUUUACAGUCUGAUGAAAAUGAUAAAUCAAAUUGUACUUCGUUCCAAACAGUCAUAUUUACCUACCUAUAUAAAACUGAGAUUUGCUGUUAGACGGAACUUCAGUGGACUAGACAAUUUUGACACUUUUAAAAUAUUUAUUCGACAACUUACACAUUUUGACGAAAAGAAAGAGCGUCAAGAGCAUGAUCCGGAUGAUAGUUUUACAGGUCUGUUGAAAUCUUGGAUAACAAAUGAAUAUAGUGAUAGCCGACAUUUACUUCUCUUGACGGAAAACUACAGCAGCGCAAUUGCUAUGUUUGAGCAAGCAUUUCUAACAAAAACUAAAAUUCAGCCAAUUGUUAUAUUUGGAGGCAGUUUUAGACGAGAUCAAGAAUACACACAGAUUUGCAGGAAUAUCAACAAAAUUAAGAUCUGCAUGGAGACUGGAAAAUUGGUAAUUCUUGUAAACUCGGACAAUUUGUAUGAAAGUUUGUAUGACGCUCUUAACCAAUACUAUGUUUACUUCGGAGGAGAACGUUACGUUGAUUUAGGCUUUGGAACUCAUAGAGUGAAAUGUCCUGUCCAUAAAGAUUUCAAGUUGAUUGUUGUCGCGGAAAAACAAACCGUGUAUGAAAGAUUCCCAAUACCUUUGAUAAACAGACUGGAAAAGCAUUGUCUGAUGUCGACAGCUUUGUUGAAUGAAUACCAAAAACGAUUAGCAAGAUCGUUAAAAGAAUGGAUCGAAGGUGUUACAAAACAGUCUCUUUCGUUAAGGAAUAGAGCAACGGAAAAUGAUGUUGCAAAGGUUUUUAUCGGCUAUCAUCACGAUGUUUGCGCGAUACUAGCACUGGAAACCUGGACAGACGAAAUGAGCCUUGAAACAGUUGAUCACUGGGAUAAGGUGAUUUUGUGGGAUGCAAGUUAA